AUGGCCCUGGCUCUGUGCGUCUUCAGCCUGCUAGGCUCAGCCUGCUUGGUGUCGGCCAACAUCUUUGAAUACCAGGUGGACGCGCAGCCGCUGCGGCCCUGCGAGCUGCAGAGGGAGACGGCCUUCCGGAAGCGCGCAGACCACGUUCCUCAGUGUGCAGAAGACGGCAGCUACAAGACAGUCCAGUGCCAGGAUGACGGCCACUCCUGCUGGUGCGUGGAAGCCGACGGCAGGGAGGUGCCUGGAAGCAGGCGGCCCGGGCGGCCGGUGGCCUGUCUGUCUUUCUGCCAGCUGCAGAGGCAGCGUAUCCUGCUGAGCGGCUCCGUGAACGGCACGGCCACGUCCUACCUCCCUCGGUGUCGGGACUCGGGGGAGUACGCGCCCGUGCAGUGCGACCCGUGGCGGGGACAGUGCCGGUGCGUGGAUGCAGAAGGGAUGGAGGUGUACGGGACCCGCCAGCCGGGGAGGCCCGCGCGAUGUCCCAGGAGCUGUGAGAUAAGAAACCGCCGUCUCCUCCACGGGGUGGGAGACAAGUCACCGCCUCAGUGCUCUCCGGAUGGGCGCUUCCUACCCGUCCAGUGCAAGUUUGUCAACACCACAGACAUGAUGAUUUUCGACCUGCUUCAUAGCUACAACAGGUUUCCAGAUGCAUUCGUGACCUUCAGUGCCUUCCGGAACAAGUUCCCCGAAGUGUCUGGGUAUUGUCACUGUGCGGACAGUCAAGGGCGAGAACUGGCUGAGACAGGGCUGGAACUCUUACUCGAUGAAAUUUAUGACACUAUUUUUGCUGGCCUGGACCUUGCGUCCACCUUCGCUGAAACCACGCUCUACCGAAUAUUGCAGAGGCGGUUCCUCGCAGUCCGGCUCCUCAUCUCUGGCCGGUUCCGAUGCCCCACCAAGUGUGAAGUGGAGCGCUACACAGCGACCAGCUUUGGGCACCCCUACAUCCCGAGCUGCCGCCAGGACGGGGACUACGAGGCGGUGCAGUGCCAGCGGGGAGGCCCGUGCUGGUGUGUGGACGCCCAGGGACAGGAGAUCCAUGGAACUCGGCGGUCGGGGGAGCGGCCAUCUUGUGCUGAAGACCGUUCCUGUGGCUCCGAGAGGAGGCAGGCCCUGUCUAGACUACACUUCGGGCCCUUGGGCUACUUCAGCCGGCGCGGCUUGUUCUUGGCUCCUGAGCGAAGCCAGGUCUCCCCAGGAGUGGCCGGAGUUGCCGCAUCCUGCCCGCCUGUGGUCAAGGAGCUCUUUGUGGACUCCGGGAUUCUCCACCCGAUGGUGGGAGGGCAGGGUAAACAGUUUUCUGCCUCAGAAACUCUCCUCAAAGAAGCCAUCGGAGCGAUUUUCCCCUCCCGGGAGCUGGCUCGCCUUGCCCUUCAGUUUACCAUGGACCCAAAGCGGCUCCAGCAAAACCUCUUUGGAGGGAAGUUUUUGGUGAACGUUGGCCAGUUCAACUUGUCUGGAGCCCUUGGCACAAAAGGCACAUUUAACUUCAGUCAGUUUUUCCAGCAGUUUGGUCUCCCAGGCUUCCAGAACGGAGGGGCAGAUGGAGCUGCUGAGGCUUUCUCCUUGGGUUUAGGUUCAAAUCCUGCCACGGAACCCCCUGAGGCCUCUGUGAAGGGCGCUGCUGGGGACAGGCCGAUGGUGGGCAGCUUUGGCUUUGAGAUCAACUUACAAGAGAACCUAAAUGCCCUGACAUUCCUUGCGUCGCUCCUGGAGCUUCCAGAAUUCCUUCUCUUCUUGCAGCAGGCUACUUCUGUGCCAGAAGACAUGGCCAGGGACUUAGGUGACGUGAUGGAAAUGGUGCUCAGCUCCCAGGGCUGUGAGCAGACACCGGGCGGCCUUUUCGUCCCGCUGUGCUCGGCGGAAGGAGACUAUGAGGAGGUCCAGUGCUUUGCUGGAGAGUGCUGGUGUGUGGAUUCCCGCGGCAAAGAAAUUUCUGGCUCCAGGGUUAGAGGCGGACGGCCCAGGUGCCCCACCGAGUGUGAGAAGCAAAGGGCUCGCAUGCAAACCCUCUCAGGCAGCCAGCCCGCGGGGUCCAGCCUGUUGGUGCCUUCCUGCACCCGCGAUGGGCAGUUCCUCCCUGUCCAGUGCUUCAACUCCGAGUGUUACUGUGUUGACGCUGAGGGUCAGGCCAUUCCUGGAACUGAAAGUGUGCUCGGAGAGCCCAAGCAAUGCCCCACCAACUGUCAGUUAGAGGCCGAGCGGGCCUUCCUGAGUGCCGUGCGGGUACUGAGCUCUGCCUCCAGCUCGCUGCCCGUCUUCUCCAGCAUCUACAUCCCUCAAUGUGACGCCAGUGGGCAGUGGAGGCCUGUGCAGUGCGACGGGCCCCCGGAGCAGGCCUUCGAGUGGUACGAACGGUGGGGAGCUCAGAACGACCGUGGCCAGGAGCUGAGCCCUGCCGAGCUGCUCAUGAAGAUUGCAAGCUACAGAGAAGCAGCUUCCAGAAGCUUCCAUCUCUUUAUCCAAAGUCUGUAUGAGGCUGGCCAACAGGGCAUCUUCCCGGGGCUGGAGAGAUACCCUUCUUUCCAGGACGUCCCGCUGGCAGUGCUAGAAGGGAACCUGACCCGGCCUGGAGGGAACAUCUUCCUGGAGCCCUACGUCUUCUGGCAGAUCCUGAAUGGCCAGCUCGGCCGAUACCCAGGGCCCUACGCAGACUUCAGCACUCCUCCGGCACACCUUGACCUUCGGAGCUGCUGGUGUGUGAAUGAGGCAGGUCGAGAGCUGGAAAGCACGCGGACAGAGCCAAACAAGGUCCCAGCAUGUCCUGGCUCCUGUGAGGAGGUGAAGCUUCGCGUCCUGCAGUUCAUUAAGGAAACAGAAGACAUCGUCUUGGCUUCCAACAGUUCUUGGUUCCCUCUAGCGGAGAGUUUCCUAGCGGCCAAAGGAAUCCGGCUGACUGAUGAGGAGCUCUCCCUUCCUCGGCUCUCUCCCUCCCGAGACGCUUUCUUAGAAAAGUUUCUGAGCGGAGGCGAUUAUGCCAUUCGUCUGGCAGCUCAGUCCACCCUUGACUUCUACCAACGACGUGGCUUCCUCCAGGGUGAGGAUUCCUCACGAGCGUCUGCUGUCCCGCGGCCCGGCCCUUACGUGCCCCAGUGCGAUGCAUGGGGGCGUUGGGAGCCUGUGCAGUGUCACGCCGGGACUGGGUACUGCUGGUGUGUGGACCAGACAGGAGAAUAUGUCCCUGCCUCGCUGGCUGCUCGCUCCCCACUGACCCCCCGGUGUCCCACCACCUGUGAGGCAGCUCGGGCCACUGGGCUGCUUUCCAGCUGGAAACAGGCUGGGUCCCAGGGAAAGCCAUCUCCAAGAGACCUGUUCGUCCCCACCUGCCUAGAGACAGGAGAGUUUUCCAGGCUGCAGGAGUCAGAGGCCGGCCCCUGGUGUGUGGACCCAGCCUCUGGAGCGGUCACGCCUCCGGGCACCAACAGCAGUACCCCGUGCCCGAGCCUCUGCGAAGUGCUCUCGAGUGGAGUCUUCCCCAGGAGAGCCAGCUCUGGCUACGCCCCAGCCUGCAGGGCAGAGGACGGAGGGUUCGCCCCAGUGCAGUGCGACCCGGCCCAGGGCAGCUGCUGGUGUGUCCUGGACACGGGCGAGGAGGUGCCCGGGACCCGCGUGGCCGGGAGCCAGCCAGCCUGCGAGAGUCCCCAGUGCCCGCUGCCGUUCGGCUCGUCGGGCGUGGCUGGUGGCGCGGUCCUGUGCGAGCCAGCGGGCCCCGGGGCGGCCGCCGUCCAGCGCUGUCGGCUGCUGUGCCGCACGGGCUCCCGGAAUGCCUUCCUGCCCGCGCCGCUGCUCUGCGGCCUCGACGAGGGGCGCUGGCUGUCACCGCCGCCCCAGCCCCACGCCUGCCAGCGGCCCCAGCCGUGGCACACCCUUCAGGCCCGGGCCCGCGUCCUGAUCCGGCUCCCACCUGGCACGGGCUGUGACGCUGACGACGCGGCCUCGCUGCUGGCUUUCCGGGUCUUCGUAUCAGACGAGCUCGCGGCCCGUGGCUUCUGUCAGAUCCAGGCAAAGAUGUUUGGGGCCUCUGUUUCCGUCCCUGUCUGCGAUGGGUCCACAGUGCAGGUAGAGUGUGCGACUGCGGAGCGUUUAGGAGUGAACAUCACGUGGAAAUUGCGGCUCCAGGAUGUCCCCCCGGCCUCUCUUCCUGAUUUGCGUGACAUCGAGGAGGCCUUCGUUGGCAAGGAUCUCAUUGGGCGCUUUGCGGACUUGAUCCAAAGUGGCGCGUUCCAGCUUUACCUGGAUUCCAAGAUGUUCCCAGCAGACACCUCCAUCUCCUUCCUCCAGGGGGACAGCUUCGGCUCCUCCCCCAGGACAUGGUUCGGGUGCUUGGAAGGAUUCCACCAAGUCUCGGCCACCGGGACCGAUGGGGACCCGAUGGGGUGUGUUAAGUGUCCCGAGGGAAGCUACUUUCAGAAGGAGACCUGCGUUCCCUGUCCUAUUGGAUUCUACCAAGAACAGGCGGGGAACGUGGCCUGUGUCCCGUGUCCCAUGGGCAGGACGACCAUUUCAGCUGGCGCUUUCAGCCACACUCACUGUGUCACCAACUGUCAGAGGAGCGAGGCGGGCCUGCGGUGUGACCAGGACGGCCGGUACCGAGCCAGCCAGACGGACGCGGGCAGCGGGAAGGCCUUCUGCGUGGACGGCGAGGGGCGGAGGCUGCCGUGGCCGGAAGCGGAGGCCACGCUCUCGGACUCCCAGUGCCUGCUGAUGCGCAAAUUUGAGAAGGUUCUGGAAUCGAAGGUGACCUUCAGUGUGGAUGUCAGUGGGGCGAGCAGGUCCAGUGUGCCUGGUCCUGAGUCCCCACUGACUCAGUGCCUGACGGACUGUGCGUUGGACGAAGCCUGCAGCUUCUUCACGGUGUCCGCGGCGGGAUCAGACACCUCCUGCGGUUUCUACGCCUGGACAAGUGACAGCAUGGCUUGCACAGCUUCUGCUCAGCAUCAAGACCCACUGGGGAACUCAGAGGCCACCGGCUUCGGGAGUCUUACGUGCCAGGUGACCUUGAGGAGCGGAGCUCCAGACUCUCCGGCUGUGUAUCUGAAAAAGGGCCAAGAAUUCAGCACAACGAGUCAGAAGAGCUUCGAGCCAACGGGUUUCCAAAACACGCUCUCUGGAAUGUACAGGGCCAUUGUGUUCUCAGCCUCGGGGGCCGAUCUGACUGCGGGUCAUCGCUUCUGUCUUCUGGCGUGUGACCGUGAUCCGUGCUGUGAUGGCUUCAUCCUUGCGCAGGUCCAAGGAGGUCCCGUCAUCUGCGGGCUGCUGAGCUCCCCCGACGUCCUGCUCUGCAAUGUCAAGGACUGGAGGGAGCCCACGGAAGCCCGGGCUAACGCCACGUGUCCUGGCCUGACGUUCGACCAGGGCCGCCGCCUGGUGACGCUGCUGCUGGGAGGCCAGGAGUUCGAGGUUCCGGCUGCCCUGGAAAGAACUCGGGAUGCCAUUACCAGCUUCCAGCAGGUUUAUCUCUGGAAAGAUUCUGACCUAGGGUCUCGGUCUGAGUCUAUGGGAUGCAGAAAAGACACGGAAGUAAGGCCAGUGGCUCCAACAGAACCAGAUUUGACAACGGAACUUUUCUUCCCUGUGGACCUGAGCCAGGUCAUUGUCAAUGGAAGCCUAACGCUGCCCAACCAGCAGCACUGGCUUUUCAAACACCUGUUUUCAUCGCAGCAGGCAAACCUGUGGUGCCUGUCUCGCUGUGUCCAGGAGCCCUCUUUCUGUCAGCUGGCGGAGCUAACAGACAGUGCACCCUUGCACUUCACCUGCACCCUCUACCCAGAAGCCCAGGUGUGUGACGAUGUCAUUGAGUCCAGUCCCAAGGGCUGCAGAGUGAUCCUGCCCCACCGGCCAAAGACCCUGUACCGGAAGAGAGUUAUGCUGAAGGAUAAAGUGAAGAACUUUUAUACUCGCUUGCCAUUCCAAAAACUGACGGGGAUUUCCAUUCGAAACAAAGUGCCCAUGUCUGAAAAAUCCAUUUCCAAAGGCUUCUUCGAGUGUGAACGGCUGUGCGAUGUGGACCCGUGCUGCACUGGUUUUGGCUUUCUAAAUGUGUCCCAGCUACAAGGAGGAAAGGUGACAUGCUUGACUCUGAACAGCCUGGGACGUCAGUCGUGCAGUGAGGAGCAUGGAGGAAGCUGGCGCAUCUUGGACUGCGGCUCCCCUGACACUGAAGUCCGCACCUAUCCCUUUGGAUGGUACCAGAAACCUGUUGCUCAGAACGAUGCUCCCGGAUUUUGCCCUUCGGUGCUUCUGCCUUCCCUCCCGGAGAAAGUUGCUCCGGGCACAUGGCAGACCCUGGCCCUCUCCGCAGUAGUCGUUGACCCAUCCAUCAGGAACUUUGAUGUUGCCCACAUCAGCACGGCCUCCACCAGUGACUUCUCUGAUGCCAGAGACUUCUGUUUGUUGGAAUGUUCCCGUCACCAGGCCUGCCUGGUCACCACUCUGCAGACCCAACCCGGUGCUGUGAGGUGUGUAUUCUAUGCUGAUACCCAGAUCUGCACACAUAGCCUGCAGGCCCAGAACUGCCAGCUUCUGCUCCGUGAAGAGGCCACCCACAUUUACCGAAAGCUGAACAACACUCUGCUCAGCUAUGGGACGCCUGCACCUUCUGUGACCGUCACCCCCCUCGGCCAGCUGCUGGGCAGGUCCCGGGCCGUCCGGGUAGGCACUUCGUGGAAGCAGGUGGAUGAGUUCCUGGGAGUCCCAUACGCCUCCCCGCCCGUGGCAGAGGGCCGCUUCCGGGCGCCGGAGCCCUUGAACUGGACAGGGUCCUGGGAUGCCACCAAGCCACGGGCCAGCUGCUGGCAGCCAGGCACCGGCACGCCCACGUCUCCCGGCGUCAGUGAAGACUGCUUGUAUCUUAAUGUGUUUGUCGCUCAGAACAUGGCCCCCAACGCGUCCGUGCUGGUAUUCUUCCACAACACCGCAGAGGGCAGGGGGAGCGCAGGACAGCCGGCCAUCGACGGCUCCUUCCUGGCUGCCAUCGGCAACCUCAUCGUCGUCACUGCUGGCUUCCGCGUGGGCGCCUUCGGGUUCCUGAGUUCCGGCUCUGGAGAGACGAGUGGCAACUGGGGACUGAGGGACCAGCUGGCGGCUCUGACCUGGGUGCAGACCCACAUCGCAGUGUUUGGUGGGGACCCUCGACGUGUGACCCUGGCAGCAGACCGUGGUGGAGCUGAUGUGGCCAGCAUCCACCUUUUAACCACCAGGGCCUCUGACUCCAAACUCUUCCGGAGGGCCGUGCUGAUGGGUGGCUCCGCCUUCUCGCCAGCUGCUGUCAUCAGCCAGGAGAGGGCCCAGCAGCAGGCGUCUGCUUUGGCAGAGGAGGUCGGCUGCCCCACCUCCUCCAUCCAGGAAAUGGUGUCCUGUCUCCGCCAGAGACCUGCCAGGGUCCUCAAUGACGCCCAGACCAAGCUCCUGGCCGUGAGUGGCCCUUUCCACUACUGGGGUCCUGUGGUUGACGGCCGGUACGUUCGCGAGGCUCCAGCCAGGGCACUACAGAGGUCUCCGCGGGCAAAGGUCGAUCUGCUGAUUGGGAGUUCUCAAGAUGACGGGCUCAUCAACAGAGCGAAAGCCGUGAAGCAAUUUGAGGAAAGUCAAGGCCGGACGAGUAGCAAAACAGCCUUUUACCAGGCACUACAGAAUUCGCUGGGUGGUGAGGAAGCGGAUGCCGCGGUCCGGGCAGCUGCCACGUGGUACUAUUCCCUGGAGCACUCCACUGAUGACUAUGCCUCCUUCUCCCGGGCCCUGGAGAAUGCCACCCGGGACUACUUUAUCACCUGUCCUGUGAUCGACAUGGCCAGGCACUGGGCAAGGAGAGCCCGAGGAAAUGUCUUCAUGUACCAUGCUCCCGAAAGCUAUGGCCACAGCAGCUUGGAAUUGCUGACAGACGUUCAGUAUGCCUUUGGCCUUCCCUUCCACCCUACCUAUGAGGGGCAGUUUACUCUGGAGGAGAAAAGCCUGUCACUGAAAAUCAUGCAGUUCUUUUCCAACUUCAUCCGAUCCGGAAAUCCCAACUACCCACAUGAGUUCUCAAGGAAAGCCCCCGAAUUUGCAGCCCCCUGGCCUGACUUUGUCCCACGUGCCGGCGGGGAGAUCUACAAGGAGUUCAGUGUCCUGCUUCCCAAUCGACAGGGCCUGAAAAGCGCUGACUGCUCCUUCUGGUCCAAGUACAUCCAGUCUCUGAAGGCCACGGCAGAUGAGGCCAAGCAGGGGCCGCCAGCAGAGAGUGAAGAGGAGGACCGGCUGACCGGAGAGCCAGGCUCCAAGAGCUACAGCAAGUGACCGUCUCCCAAGCUGCCCCUGCCCAAUCUGCCACCCCCUCUCAGGCUGCCACCAAGGGCAUCUUACUCUCUAAAAUAGCCACUAACUUUCAA